GUUUAAACUAAUUUCGUUCUAGAUUCUGUUUUUAUAAAAUAAAAUUAAUCAGUACAUAAAGCAUGUCGCGGCCACGAAUAUGCAUCAUUGGCGCCGGACCGUCUGGAUUGUCGACACUGUAUCACUUUGCUAAAAUGGAGCAGAUGCCGGAAAUUGUUUGUUACGAGAAACAGAGCAUAUGGCUUGGUCUCUGGAACGUUUCAUGGAGAACAGGACUUGACGAAAACGGAGAGCCUGUUCAUACAAGUAUGUACAAGCAUAUGUGGUGUAAUGGACCGUGUGAAUCGCAUGAGUAUUACGAUUACACCGUAGAACAACACUUUGGUCAGAGAACUCCAUCAUUUCUUUCUCGUAUUGCUAUGAGGGAUUACCUUGAAGGUCGUUUUACAAGAGGAGCACCUCGUGGACGCAACCUUAAGGACUAUAUACAUUUUAAUACCGCUGUCCGUUUUGUGAAGUACAUGGACGAUAAAGAUGAAUUCAUAGUUACAGUAAAUGAUUAUAGCAUCAGACAGACACGAGAGGAAACGUUUUCACACGUUAUUGUAGCAAAUGGUAUUUUUAACACACCAAAUCUCCCAGAGUACCCUGGUAUGAACGAGUUCAAAGGUCGCAUUCUACAUUCGCACGGCUUUCGCGACGCUAGGGACUUUACUGGACAAAGGGUAUUGAUUAUUGGCGCUGGUUAUACCGGCGAAGAUCUGGUAGUGCAACUACUCAAGUUUGGAGCGAAAAGCGUGAUUCUCGCCUACAGAACGAGACCUAAAGGUGAUACAUGCAUAAUGCCAGACGGUGUUGAAGAGAGACCAAUGGUGGAACGUUUUGACUAUGAUAAGGCCCACUUCAAAGAUGGGUCAUCUGCAGAAAUCGAUGCCGUUAUUUUGACUACAGGCUACAGGAACUAUUUCCCAUUCUUGGAAGACAGGUUUAGGAUUCCAGAGGAAACGCAUCCUUACCCGGAAGGAUUGUACAAAGCUUCUUUAUUUUACAAGGCAGGAAACAACCGACUGUUUUAUAUAGGGGUUCUAGAGCAAAUUCAUACCUUUCUGUUCUUCGAAGUCAUGGCAAGCUGGACUUGCAAGUAUUUCAUCCAAAUUUUAACUCUUUCAUAAAGUUUGCAAUAGAAAAUUACACCACUUUUCCGAAACUAUGAAGAUCUCAGGUUUCAAUUUCAUUAUCAUCUAUUUCAAGUAUUUACAUAAUGUUUACUAGACAAAAUGAAAGAAAGUCACUCUAUAUUAGUCAUUUGUCCAGCGCUUUAAGUGUUGGAUUCUUAAUUUAACUGAAUAUUGGGCCAAUUUUAGGAUAAAUUCAUUCUUAUUCAAUUAAAAUGACCUCUGUGUCCGAGUAGUUAAGAGCUUUGACUUUGAAUCAUUUGUCACUCACGGCUCUAGAUAUGAAACCCCGCUUUGGGAGUUUAAUUCAUUCAUCAAGCAUAUUGAUUCUACCCAGCUGCUACUCUCGAAAAGCUGGAAAGUCUCAUAUACCAUAAAACUAUGUCUGUUUGAAGUUUAAGUAGAAUAAAGAAUUAAUCAGAAUUAUUAUUUUAGUCGACAGUACGUGAACGGGCAUAUGGAAUUGAAUUUACGUAAUGAGCAUGUGUGAAUAAUAUCAUGAAUACUAGUAGUUAUAACGAUAACUGUGUCAUGAAUAGUUUAUCAGUGUGCCUGUAUAAGACAGUCACUAUGCUGACACUUAACAUAAUCUAAAUAUAUAUACACCUUGUAAAUUAGUAAAUUAAGACGAUACAUUCUUCAAAUAAUGCUGUAGUUUCAGUGUAAAAGAUGUAUUUGUGUUGUUUUCUUUUAUAUAUUUAGAAAAUAUACGCGCAAUUGUGGUAUCUUCCAAAUCUGUGUAUCAUUUUCUCUACUGCUAAGUUUGUAUGUAUCAGCUUCUAAAACUAGUGCUACAGUACAUAACA